AUGUUGAAUGUGACUGUAUGGGCGGCAUAGCGAAGACAAUCUCAAAAGAAAAGGAUGGUAGUUUGAUUGACAGCUGUUCCUGUCUGUGUGAUACAUUACUUCUAUCAAAGUUGUCAGCGAUUAUAAUAUAACGCCAUUUUGUGUAACAAACUUCGUUGUACUGUACAGAACGCUAACGUGUCAUGUUUAUUUCAUAACGUUUUGGACGUUUAACAUUUCAGAAAGUGACUAUAAGACUUGGAUACAUAUGACAAAAUGCCAGUGAUGGAUAGAUAUGAAUCUAUGAAAAUGUUGUCUUCGUCGGCUUCCCAGUACUUGCCGCCGGAUUACUUACAACCUCUGCCAACAACUCUUGAUGCUAAAAAUAGUCCAUUGGCUCUCCUUGCUCAGACGUGUAGCAGCAUUGGUAAGGAUCCACCGCCCAAGUCCAUCAUACCGCCGCUUGAAAAGAAAGAUACAACUGGAAAAUCGUCUCCAUCUGACAGCGAACUGGACACUAAAUCAACCCCGUUAACAGAGAAAGAUGGUCGCAGCUCUUUAAAUGGCCAGAGAACAAGUCGAAGUGACACAAAGGAUAUUUCUAAUUUCUAUCCAAUCUCAACUUCGAGUCCAAAACCGGAAAAAUGUCAUACGGAUGUUCAUAAGACAAAGGAUGAGAGGAAAAUUAGUGAUAAUGACACAAAAUCACCAAAAGCGACUUCAAGACCUAUGUCAUCAUCGUCCUCGUCUUCUGGAUUAAAAUCAAAUAUUGACAGGAUGAGCCCUAAACACAAAACAAAUGAACACACAAAGGAGAUCCGUGAUUCAAAGUAUUCUCCAUCAGUAAAGAGCCAAAGGUUGGACUCUCCAAUUAGACGGGACAAUUCCCCAGGUCAAGAUGUUAAACACCAACAUUCAUUAUAUCCAGGAUUGCCUUAUGGGCCAUUUAGUAUGCCGAAUAUACCUUUCCCAGGAGGGAUGCAACCUUCGGCAGAAGCAAUGGUUGCUGCUGGCUACCCGUAUGGCCUUCCCGGACAUAGUAGUUACAGUCUAGCAUCUGCACAUGCUCUAGCAGCUCACCAGGCUGCUCUGAAAUCCGGAUCCUCAGCGGCAUUGUCCCAGUAUAUGCAGUAUGCUAGAAUGAGAAAUCCGACAGGACCGUCCGCCUGUAAAGACCCUUAUUGUACAAACUGUGUUUCUUCAGCGCCUCCGAACUCACAUUUAUCACAGUGUUCUUCACCCGGUUGUGCCCAGUGCUCACAUGAAAAGACAUUACAAGGAAUAGGUGUGUUUGGACUUCCAGGUUCAAAUCCUCUACAUUCACCAUUCAGUGUGCCUUCUUCAGCAUCUCUUGGACUUACUCAUUUACAUAAUCUGUAUGCUCAAAAUCUUUUGACACAACAAGGACAACAACACGUGUGUAACUGGAUGAUGGGUAGUGACUACUGUGGUAAACGCUUUAAUUCGUCUGAGGAACUUUUACAGCAUCUAAGAACACACACUUCCGGUGGAGAGUCUGCUCUUAGUGCCUACAGCUCACUAGGACUAUCAAUACCACCACCGACGGACUUGCCGCCGGGUCUUUCAGGAUAUUUAGGUUCCAGCGGAAAUAUAAGUCCAGAGACAUUAAGAAGAAUGUAUCCAACUAGUAUUAGUCCGCUAAGCGGAAGUGCUCUUUCAAAUCGCUAUCAUCCCUAUAAAUCGGCAUUGCCGAAUAUGCCGUCUGGAAUUCCGUCACAACAGUCGUUGUCGUCACUGAGUCCCUAUUAUUCACCAUAUAGUUUAUAUGCCCAAAGACUAGGAGCAGCUGCGGUGCCUUAAAAUGGAGACUAGUAAAACUUUAAAAUUGUGAUAAAACCUCUUUUGUGUUUAAUAAAUGAAUUGUUAUAAACUUGAUAUUCAGAGUGCUUUUAACUGAAUGUGCUAUUAACUUUGGAAUAUAUAUAUACAUAAAAAAUGAUUAAUGAUCUCAGAAUGUUUGGAGUAUAAAUCAUUUCACAUGCAACAAAACAUUUAAUUUAUGUUUGUUGUAACAAUUGGUAAUUUUAUUAUUUUAUUACGUGUUGAAUGUUUUAACUUGGCGUUUCAGACUUAAGAAAACAACCCUACUGUGACACGGAUUUUGUUAUUUUCACACUGUUCUUGUAAUAUUUAUUUAUAUUGCACAUGAAUGAUAUUAAAUUAAAAAGUAUAAAAUGUG